GAGAAAAUAGCUACAGAAAUAACAGCUAAUCAACCACGAAUUUACAAAUUAAUAGUGACUAGCUAAGUUAUAGAUUAUUGUCAAGUCGACAAGUUUAUAACAUUUUGUGAAAAAUAUUAGAAGAGAAAACUGUUGGAAGUGUAGAUUUGCGUAUUUACGUAGUCAAAAAUCGUCAUUAUGGAAGACGUAAUCGGAAGCUUAGAAAAAGGGAAUGCAUCUGCUACAGACAAGAUUUUCUGCAAAAGAGCUGGAACCACAGACAUGGGAAAGAAGUACGAAAAUAUGAUAGUCGCCAAUGUCGUACUUCACAUGAUAUCCAACGAUAAAGUAAAAAACUUCUACGUUUCGUCGGACGAUUCAAUUUUUGGAGCAUUCGAUGAUGUGGUUAUUGAAAUGGAGACCGACAAGGGAAUCCAAACAAGAGCAAUCCAAUUAAAACACAGCAGCAAUGCAAAAACUUUGGCCUUAAAAAAACUAGCAAACGAAAACGGAGACUUCAGCUUACUUAAAUACUUUAAAUCGUUCCAAGGGAUAAAGAAAAAACCACAACAAUGCAUUCUGUUCACGAACCAAAAAUUUAAGGUUUCUGAAAACACAAAAUUUCAGCUAGAAGGAAAAGAUUUUUUCUUGGAACCUUAUAAAACAGAAAUUGCUGAUGAUUGUAUGAAAGUUUCUCAAGAUAUAAAUUAUUGCCACAAAUUUCGAAUUCUAGAAGAAGAAAACCAUGGAGAAGUUUCUUUAGAACUUCAAGAGUUCAAGACAUUCCUUGAAAGCUUUAGUCUAUACACUAAUCAACAAAGUCUCUACAGACUGGAAAAAUCAACAGCCAAUAACUUCACGAAGACAUUCUGUUCGAAUCAAGAAACCUUCGAAAAGUACGUUAGAAUUAUAUCUGAGUGGGAUAUGCUAGAAGGAUCAAAAAUAAAGUUAGACAAGAAGUUGAUGCAACGUGCAAUUGCGCUUUGUCUGUUAUCUCCUUACGUCGAACAUUUUACUUCUGGUCCAGUCAGCGACAAAGGGAAAAUUCUUCGAGAAGCGAUUUGUUCAUUUGAUAUUACGUUGUUGGAAAACACCGAGUGCGAUGUGGUGAAAGAGUUGUGGGACGACUUGGACAAGAAUAUUGACAUCAAGGAACUAAAUAGACUGAGAUCUUUUUAUCGUCUUUCUCCUAAUUAUAUAUUCAGGAUAGAAGAUGUAGAUGGAAAUGUGUUGGCGCAAUUGUUGUGGUUGAUGGAGAAACGUCCGCUAAUUGUAAAAGAACACGAAAAUAUCGAAAAAGCCAUUCAACUUUGUCCUGAUGGAAAAUUCGUCUUGCUUGGUGAAGGAAAAUGGGGAGAGUGGAUGAAAGGUCGCUCCGUGUUUCAGAACUUGUUGGAUUUGAAAUCAGAACAGAAUUUAUAUGAAAGAGUGAAGCAAAAUUUUACCAUUUCCUUGCAAGGGAAGGCGGCGCUUACUCUGACGGAGGCAUGUGGAGGAAAUGAAGAAUUUUUGAAGAAUAUUGUUGUAAAUAAUCUUUUAGAAAUGAUAGACAGUCCACGCCUGCUAGACGGGGAAAAAGAAGUUCUUCCCAGUCCUUACAUCGAAAGGUAUUUGUCGUUAAAUGUUAUAGAUAGUAAGUAUUUAAAACAUGUCAAUCCUAAAACCGUAGUUAUUCUAAAUUGCGCAGAUAGUUCUAAUGAAAUAGAAAAACUUCCAAAUAUUAAACUGAGAGACAUCGACGAUUAUUUAAAUGAACCAGAAUGUAGAACUUCUGAUGAUCCAAUUUUCAUUAUAAGUAAAACUAAAUGUAGUGAAUCUGAAUUUGAGGUAAUAUGCUCUGAAACUCCAAAAUCAAAAACGAUUCAUUAUUUCAGAUUUCUUAAAAACAACAUUUUAGAAUGGGUCCGGAGCAGAGGCAAUGUCGAAGAUUUGCAUGAUUAUAAAUUACUUAAUCAUUCUAAAAACGAAAAUGAAUUUUGGUCGUCCGAAUUUAGAAAGAGCAUUAAUUUAGUAAUAGGUGAUCCGGGGAUGGGUAAAACUGAACUAACAAAAAGUUUAAAAAAUAAGUGUUCUCCUGAAUACUGGACAGUAAUUAUUAGCCCUCAAGACGUUAAUUUAUUUUUUGAACAAUCAAAAGAGUGUAAAACAUCGGACUAUGCAAAUUUAUUUCAAUUCAUCUUGGGCACAAAAUAUCAGACUCUUACAAGGUUAGAUAAAGAAUUUUUUAAAAUGUGUUCCGAUCAACUGCGCGUUUUCUACAUGUGGGAUGCUCUUGAUGAAAUUUCUACUAAAUAUUUGGAAGACGUUUCAGAUUUGAUUGUUGUGUUAUCACAGAAAGGUUUCAUGCAAUGGGUUACCAGUAGAAAACACUUGAAACCGUUCCUUGAAAAAAAAUUUAAUACAUUUUCUUUGGACAUAAAUCAGUUUAAUGAGUAUGACCAAGACGAUUAUAUUAGAAAACGUUUUAGUUCUGUUAUUUCAACUAACAAUAUAGAAAGUACGAUUCAAAAAGUGAAAUCUAGCUUUGCUCUCAUAAAACAUGUAGAUAUUUUAGGAAUCCCACUUCAAAUAUAUAUGUUCACAGAGAUAGUUCUUCAAAAUAACGACAAAUAUUUAAAAUUAUUUGGCGAUUCUUGGCGCUUAAUUGAUUUAUAUCAUUACUUUAUUGAAGAGAAGUUCAACAUUUUCUACCGAAAUAAAUUGUGUCUUAAUAUUCAGGAUUAUUAUUCAAGGCGUGUGUUUAAGAGUGAGAAAGAAAAAAUCUUAACACAUUAUGAAAAACUCGCAGUUGACUUAAUAUUUUCCGACUGCGAAGAUAUUAAAUGUCAAGAAGACACUGACAGCACUCACGAAUACGAAACCAUCGGUAUUAUAACUGGUCUACAAAAUAACACACCGGUUUUUGUGCAUGCAUCAUUUGCGGAAUAUUUGACUGCCGCGUAUUUCUCGAAAAAUUUUGAGGUUAUACCAGGAGAUAGGUUUUUCGAUCGAAAGUAUAACAACGUACGAUUUUUCUUUGAUAUGUUGUUGGCGAAAAACUCACCAGUUCACAUUGCAGUCUUGUACCGAAAUUUUGCCGCUCUAAAGAGCUAUGACGACAAAAUAUUAACAAGGAAAGAUGUCGGUGGAAGAAAUGCCUUACAUUUGAUUUGUUCGUGGGGACAAAGACAUUCGCGUCUGACUGUGAGGAGUUCUAAGAUAAAUAGAGAUUUUUCAUAUUUUAGUUCUGUCUUGGUGAAAAAAAUUUCCUUUUCGAAAAAAAUACCUAGUGUGCGGUACACUCUCGAUGACUACGAAUUUACUAAAGGGGAAUUAGAAACAAGGGAAUAUUUAAAUGCAGUGCUACACUUGUUUAGUAAAUGUAACAUGUCAGAACCGGACGAGUUAUUUAAAAUGACGCCAUUGUCAUAUGCUCGAGUCAGUGAAAGUUUAGGUGUGGAACUGAAAUUGCUACAGUCAGAAAUGUCACAAACAAAACAGUUGCAUAGUUGUUGUGAUAGAAUUAAUAUUUUAUAUUGCAGUAGUUUUUUUGGUUAUGAGAAUGCGAUUAAAACGGUCUUUUCUAAAGAAUUAAGUACUUAUUACGAUGAAGUAAAUUUUAUUUCUAUAGUGGGUAAUGACACUGCGCUUACGUUGGCGUCCAAAAACGGACACACAGUAGUCGUUGAAUGUUUGUUAAAUCUAGGAACCGAAAUCAAUCGCUCUAAUAAAUAUGGUUGGACACCUCUUUAUGCAGCUUCUUUUCACGGUCACGAAAAAACUGUCGAAUGUCUAGCGACAAGAGGAGCAAAAAUUAAUCAUACUGACAACUAUGGUCGGACACCGCUUUACGCAGCUUCAUCUAACGGCCACAAAAAAAUCGUCGAAUGCCUAGUAAAAUGGGGAGCCCAACUGAAUCGUGCUGAUGACUUUAGUGAGACACCGCUUUAUGUAGCUUGCUCGAGGGGCCACGAAAAAAUUGUCGAAUUCCUAGUGAAAUGCGGAGCUGAAACCAAUUGCGCCGAUGAAAAUGGUAGGACAGUACUUCACGCAGCUUCCUCGAACGGCGACGAAAAAAUCGUUGAAUACCUAGUAAAAAACGGAGCUGAAGUCAAUCGCGCUGACAUUUCUGGUGAGACACCGCUUGAGGCAGCUGCUUCGAAUGGUCACUAUAAAACUGUCGAAUAUUUAGCGAAAUGCGGAGCCGAAAUCAAUCGCGCUGAUAAACAUGGCAAGACACCGCUUUACGUAGCUACCUCGAAAGGCGACCACAUAAUUGUCGAAUGCCUAGUGAAAUGCGGAGCAGAAAUUAAUCGCGCUAAUAAUAAAGGUUGGACACCGCUUGACAAAGCUUCCGGGUUUGGUUACGAAAAAAUUGUCGAAUGUCUAGUGAAAGGCGGAGCUGAAAUCAAUCGCCCUGAUAAUAGAGGUGAGACACCGCUUUACACAGCUUCCACGUUCGGUCACGAAAAAAUUGUUGAAUUCCUAGUGAAAUCCGGAGCCGAAAUCAAUCGCGGUGAUAAUGGCGGUCGGACACCGCUUUAUGCAGCCUCCAAGAACGGGCGCGAAAAUACUGUCAAAUGUCUAGUGAAAUACGGAGCCGAAAUCAAUCGCCCUCGGAAUAAUGGUCGGACACCACUUUACGCAGCUUCUGCGAACGACAACGAAAAAAUUGUCGAAUAUCUAGCGAAAUGCGGAGGCGAAGUUAAUCGCACUGACGAACACGGUAAGACACCGCUUUACGCAGCUUCCUCGAAGGGCCACGAAAAAAUUGUCGAAUGUCUAGUGAAAAACGGGGCCGAAAUCAAUCGAGCUGAUAAAAAUGGUUGGACACCGCUUAAGGCAGCGUCGUGCAAAGGUCACGCAGAAAUUGUCGAAUAUCUAGCGAAAUGCGGAAGCGAAGUUAAUCGCGCUGAUGAAUAAGUCACUUCAUUUACCAAAAUUUCCUAACAAUUACAAUAUCGUGGGUUGCAUAUCUUACACCUUCCCCCCUUCAAAUAAAAUACAAGCUCACCAAGAUUUUAAUCCGGGAAUCGCGAGAUAAUUUUGCCUUGUCACACCGCCGUUGAUAUUUUUCAGAUGUGUGUGUCAAGUGCUGAACAUAAAUAGAGCAUUUGUAUAUAAAUCUAAAACUAUUAAAAAAUAUUUACCCUUGAUUGGACCACAGAAAUCCAAGUGUAACUUCUCCCAAGGUAGUUUUGGAUAUUCCCAAGAAUUGAAUUUCACUUUAGGAGGAUUAUUAACAUGUAAAGAACAAACUUCACAUAAUUUAGUUAAUGAUUUCAUUAAUUCAGAACUAUCUGACGCAAACAGAUUCGACAUUGUAGUUAGAUAGGUUAACUAAUAAAAAUAAAAUGAUACGUUGGCAAAGUUCCAUGCCUUUGAUUAAAACUGUAAUACGAGUAUAUGUAAAUAAUAAUAAUCAUUUUAAGUUUGACAUUUACAGUUAUAUGUUUUAAUUAAUUAAUUAUACACAUGAAAAAUAACUCCUCAGUUUACUCUUAGUUGAAAAUCAUUUUAUUAUCCGCUAUUUAAUUAUACUGUAUGCAUAUUGUAAAUAAAAUUAUGCUAUGGUAUUGUAUUCAUAUUAUGUAAACUUUUAUUUAAAUGAACCAUUUUAUAUUGUAGUGGGAUUUCUUAAAAAUAAUUUUAACGAAAAUUGUUCUUUUAAUAAAGUAAUUUAAAGUAAA